AUUGAUGAGUCAAUUUUACAGAUUUCGCAAAUGAGAUGGUGUGAGCAAAUAGGAGUUCGUGUACGUUCCCAAUAUGUCCUUGGAAAUAGAAUCAUCCGAUGUCGUUCGGUUGAUUGAACAGUACUUGAAGGAAAACAAUCUGCAAAGGACCUUGAAAACAUUGCAGGAAGAAACGACGAUUUCGCUGAACACUGUCGACAGUGUGGAAAGUUUCACGAAUGACAUCAAUGCCGGACAUUGGGAUGCGGUGCUGAAGGCUGUUCAGUCUUUAAAACUGCCGGAUAAGAAACUCAUUGAUCUCUAUGAGCAGAUCGUGCUAGAAUUGAUAGAACUGCGAGAGUUGGGAGCUGCAAGAUCUCUAUUGCGUCAGACGGAUCCAAUGAUCAUGAUGAAAAUGCAGGAACGAGGCAGAUACGACCAUCUUGAGAACAUUUUGGCGAGAUCGUAUUUCGACCCAAGAGAAGCAUAUCCAGAUGGAACUUCGAAGGAGAAGCGACGCGCUGCCAUCGCUCAAUCCUUGAGUGGUGAAGUUUCUGUGGUGCCCCCCUCGAGGUUACUAGCCUUGCUCGGACAAGCAUUGAAGUGGCAGCAGCAUCAGGGUCUUCUACCACCUGGGUCGACGAUCGAUUUGUUUCGUGGCAAGGCUGCCGUGAGAGAAGUUGAAGAUGAAACGUGUCCAACGCAGAUGAGUAAGCAGAUCAAAUUUGGAACCCAAUCUCACCCGGAGUGUGCUCAGUUUUCACCUGACGGACAAUACCUGGCCACGGGUUCCCGCGAUGGAGUCGUUGAAUUAUGGAACUUUCAGACUGGAAAAAUUCGAAAAGAUCUUCGAUACCAAGCCCAGGAGAACUUCAUCAUGAUGGAAUCUGCUGUUCUGAGUCUGGGAUUCAGUCGUGACUCGGAGAUGCUCGCGACAGGUUCGAUGGAAGGUAAAAUCAAAGUUUGGAAAGUAUCAACUGGCCAAUGUUUGCGGCGCUUCGAGAAAGCACACUCGAAGGGAGUGAUGUCACUGACGUUUUCCAAAGAUUCGUCGCAGCUGUUGUCUGCGUCUUUUGAUUAUUCCAUAAGGAUCCAUGGAUUGAAAAGUGGUAAAACUUUGAAAGAGUUUCGAGGUCACCAGUCGUUCGUCAACUGUGUUGCUUACAAUCACGAUGGUCACUGCAUCAUCAGUGCUUCAUCGGACGGAACAGUGAAAAUAUGGAAUACAAAGACAACCGAAUGUCUCAGCACGUUCAGGCCUCUUGCAGGUGGAUCUGUUGGCGGAGGAGCAUCGAUUGCGGGUUCAAUGGGUGGAGAAGUUUCGGUCAACAGCAUUCACCCACUACCGAAAAACCCUGAACACUUCGUUGUGUGUUCUAGAUCUUCUGAUGUUGUAAUCAUGAACAUGGCUGGACAAUUUGUCAAGUCCUUCAGCAGUGGUAAGAGAGAAGGAGGAGACUUCGUCACGUGCACCCUAAGCCCACGUGGCGACUGGAUUUACUGCGUGGGUGAAGAUAAAGUGCUGUACUGCUUCUCUGUUCAAAGCGGGAAGUUGGAAAAAACACUCACGGUUGGUGUCAUUUUGAAGGCGUCAAAAUCAAUGAACUUGCAUGAGAACAUGACCCGCGUGCGUGCAGUUCGGCCGCAAGAGCAACUGCAUCGUGAAAUCACAGAACUUCUUAAUUUGAAAUACGGCGUAUCCUCGGAUGAGAUAGAGCAUUCAGAAAUUCCGAAAAGGUGGGAAAAGCAUGGUGACCUAGCGUUAUUACCGGUGACCGCAUUCACGAGUGACAUUUGGGAUGCAUAUGGUUCGGACUUGUGGGAAAUCAUAUGCCGAGUUUUGCGGGUUCGAAGAAUUGCCAGACGUGGACCGAUUUCGUCGGACGACUUCCGAUCUCCUAGAGUAAAAAUACUGUAUGGGGAUCUUGAUGAUGUGUGGGUCUUGAAGAAAGAAGCUGGAAUAUGGUACACCUGGAAUAUUCUUCGAUCCAUGUUCUGUCCCGGCAAUAUCACAGAGAAAGACCGUCUUGCAAAGCUUGAUUGCUCCGAAAAAGUUGUCGUGGAUUUGUUCGCUGGUAUCGGCUAUUUCUCGCUCACUUUCCUACUCAAAACUCGAGUGAAAUUUUUGCACGCUUGUGAAUGGAAUCCCGCUGCCGUGGAUGCUUUAGAAAGAAACAUGAAGCUGAACCGAAUCGAGAGUUCGAGAUUCAAAAUACACAGAGGAGACUGUCGUGAGGUUUGUCCUGCUGGCGUUGCCGAAAUAGUCAACCUGGGAUUGAUUCCUUCUUCGGAGAUCGGCUGGGAAGCAGCCGUAAAAUCGGUGCGACGUGAUUGUGGUGGCGUCAUUUUCGUUCACGGAAAUGUUGACGUUCAUUCAGACGAAAAAGACCCCCUAUUGCAUCCUGAUUAUCGCAAAUGGUCCGCAUCCGUGGUCGAAAAAUUCAAUGAAAUAUUGAAAUCGUUUUCUCACUCGGAAUCGUGGAGCAUUAAAGUCAUAGGAUUGCAUAGAGUCAAGAGUUAUGCUCCAAAAGUGGACCACGUUGUGUUGGAUCUAAAAUUGGGCCCGUGAUUUUUUUUUUCGUGUUUGUAUCUGUGAUCGGAUUUGUUGCUUUAUAGUUUAUACGACCAAGAUCUGUUCGUCUGUCUAAA